AUGCAGCAGCAAACGCAGCAGCAACCCCCUGCUGCUGCUUCCAGCUGGGGAGGUCUCUUUUCCCUGUGCAGCGGCUUCACUAGAGAAGUGGAGCGUCGCCGACGCCGCAGCAGCAACAGCAGCAGCAGCAACAGCAGCAGCAGCAACAGCAGCAGCAGCAGCUACAGCGGCUGCAGCAGCUGCUGCAACUCCGUGCGAUGCAUUCCUCUCCCCUAUUUUUCUUUUGAAGAGAGCGAAGGAGACCCUGAGGGUAAAGCAACAAUAGUGAUUCGGCAAUGGCAGCGCCCUGCUGCUGCUGCUGCUGCUGCUGCUGCUGCUGCUGCUGCUGAGGGCAAACACCCUUUUGUUGAUGCUAGAGACUGGGUUGAUGGGUCAGAGGCUUCUGCUGCUGCGCCUAGACCCCUUGUGCUUGACGACCCGCUGCAGCCGGUGGCAGCAGCAGCAGCAGCAGCGCUGCAGUUUCUUGUAAGGCUCCUUGGGGGUGAUCCCGACAGCAGCAGCAGCAGCAACAGCAGCGGCGGCAGCAGCAGCAGCUGGGCCUCUUAUCUCACCCCUGCGGGUUGCAUCGGCAUGCUGCUGGAGGCUUCCACCACAGAAGCAGUUGCACUUGGUCAGCAGCAGCAGCAGCAGCAGCAGCAGCAGCAGCAGCAGCAGCAACAGUGGCAGCAGCAGCAGCAGCAGUGGCAGCAUCCAUGGCAGCUGCAGCGGCGGCCGUCGCAAGGGCAGCAAGGAAAGCGGGCUGAGGAGCAGCUGCAGCAGCAACAGCAGCAGCAGCUGCAGCACGAACAGCUGCUGCAGCAGCAGCUGCAGUACAGCACGCUCUCAUCUAUCCCCGAGCCGUGGGACUCAGACUUCUCGCUGAGAGGCAUCCUUCCUGCUGCUGCUGCUGCUGCUGCUGCUCCUGCUGCUGCUGCAGCGGGUGCUGCAUCGUCUGAUACGGCAGCAGCAGCAGCAGCAGCAGCAGCAGAAGCCUCAGCUAGGGGAGCACCACCACAGGCACAAGCAGCUACAAAAGCAGCAGCAGCAGCAGCAGCAGCAGAUGUAGACUGGGAGCUGCUGCUGCGGCGGGCUGCCUCUCGCAUUGGUCGCUCACAUGAAUUGGACAGCGAGGUAUGCCUUGCUGCUGCUGCUGCUGCUACUGCUGCUGCUGCUGCUGUUGCUGCUGCUGCUGCUGCUGCUGGCCAGUUCGCUGCUAGCCUCGCUGCAGCUGGCCGCCUGCUCAGCCUCUGCAGCAGCAGCAAGAGGCAAAUUGCUGCACUCAGGCGUGGCUAUUUGUCCCCACAAUGUAUCAAAUGCCGCAACGCUGCACCACUUCUUGCUGCUGCUGCUGUUGCUGUUGCUGCCUUUGCUGCUGCUGCUGCUGCUGCUGCUGCUGGGUCCAGGCGAGAGAAGAGCACCAUCUGCUGGAGAAGGCAGUCGACGGAUUUUCAAAAAUGGCCAAGGUCGGCAACCGAUGUGUUGCUGCUGCUGCUGCUGCUGCUGCUGCUGCUGCUGUUGCUGCUGCUCGAUGCCUCUGUGCCGCUGCAGUUCUUGUUGCUGCAGCGGCGGUUGCUGCUGCUUUUGUGGCUGCUGCUACUUCAAGCACUGCUGCUGGCUCUUCAGCAGAUCGUCUGCUUCUUUAAAUACUUUUGCAAAACUGGAAUAGGGCCACCGCUUCAGCAGCAGCAGCAAGUGCUGCACCUGCAGCAGCAGCAGCAGGAGCAGCGAGUGCUGCAGCUGCAGCCGCUGCAGCAGCAUUAG